AUUCAGUAUUUAAAAAAAAAGGUUAAUUGUUUAUUUGAUUUUGUUUCAUCGCGGAAGUUCUUCAAACGUUUUGAUAAUAUCCAGAAAUGGAAGAAAACAAUGGUGUUGAAUGUGAAUGUGGUGGGUCUAUGUUCCCGAAUCGUAUGACAAGUGAUGAGGUAUUUCUUCAGUGCCAAGAAUGUGGGACUACACAGCAAAUGUACGACGCUGAGGAUGAUGGUUUUGACUUCACAGAAACAUAUGAUGGAGGUACGACAUAUGUCCAUGAAGAUGGAGAAGGAGCCAAAACACCAGGCGUGAAAUACAAUAGAGCAAGCAUCUCUGAGGGAAGGAAAGCUGGGAAAGGUGUAAUCGAAACACUAUGCAUGAAAUUUAAUGCUGGUCGUUUAGAAAAGGAAAUGCUGGACAUUUUUAAACAUCUGAAAGCAUGGCGCAAUCUUACUUCAGUGGCAGCUGCUGUCUUCAUUUCUGUCUACCGAAGGGAGCAGCCAAUCUCCAUUAAACAAAUUUUGCCUGUCCUGAAUGUAACACCUCCAGUCACCAUGUCUUUACUUGGCGUAGCUGUGAAAAGAGUAGACAAAUACCGCAGAGAGAAGUUGCCCGCACCGCCUCAACCCUCAGACGAAUCAACAACAUUGGAAUCUGGAAGUAGUACAUGCACAAUCCCAGAGAUUAACAAGCAUGCCCGUUCAGUUCUACCCAACUUAAAAGUCCAGGACCCUUUCAUGACGUCCGUGGAAAUAACUGAACGGGUCUACAAUAUCACGAAUAAGAUUGUUAAAAUUUUCGAGCGGCGGACCAAGCAAAGUUUCGACCGUCGCAUCCUCACAAUCGCUGCAGGUUUCCUGGCGUGGCAAUCGUGUCAUUAUUAUGACAAGCGUUAUAACAGUCAAGUGCCUUUCACGGAGCUCAGGGAACCCAAAGAGAAAAGUGAUUUCCAAAAAUAUUUAACUCUUACCAACCUUGGCAUCGACGACCAAACUGCCCGACACAUAACAAGGAGUGUGACUUUAAUCUCAAAAGAAUUGCUGCAGCUAUUCAAACACAUGACUUGGACUGUGAAAACUAGGAAAUGCAAGAAUGAUGUACCCAAGUACCUAGAACAGAUAUUUCUAUUCCAAGGUAUGACUACAGACGCGCUGAACCAGGAAGAAGAGAUGAAGAGGCUUAAUGAACCCAUCAUCGCACCCAUUAUACCAAGAGAACUAACCGCGGAAGAAGAAGCGAUCUUGGAUGCGCCUGAAUUAAGUGAAAAGGAUUUGCCAGAUGCGGAAUUAAGCCAGUAUUUGCGUCCAGAAGUGGAACUGAAUCCCGUAAACGUCCAUCUAUCGUUUGCUGCCAACUUGGAUUCGGACCUCGCCGAGCUGGAGAAAAAACGAACAAUCAAGCAACAACAAAAGAAAAAAUCAAAGUCAAAAUCCAUCAAUUACCUGGAUGAUGACUAAGUUCACUUUCAUCGCACUUUUUCCUUUUUUUUUAUUUUUUUUUUUUUUUUCUUAUAAUUUAUAAAAUUCCACACCUUUGAGAAAGUUCCCGGACACUCUCCCUUUUGUAAUUUUCUUUUGACCGCUCUCUCGGCGCCGUGUUAUCAUUAUUUUAAUGUAUUAAAUGAUUGGUUCUCACAGCCGUAAACUCAGCGGGAGGGUUUUUCUUAAUGUCGCUGUAGGGCGAUUCUGCUGGGAUGACCGUCGGAACUGUAUGCUUGGUUACUCAACUCGGAGAAUAAAAAUUUUCUAGAGAAAAGAAAAGGAAGAAAGAAAAAAACAGCUGCAAAUGUGUUUGUGAAUGAACGAAGCCCAACCAUUUACUUCAACUUUUAAGGAGUCAAGCACCCGCUCUUCUUCCGACUUUUUUUUUCCUCCUUUUAUCCGACACGUCGUUUUCUCUUCCUCUU